AUGGAUAUUAUAUUAGGGAUUAGAGUACAGGAUUGUGUAAUCCUAGCUACAUCAAAGGCGGUUACACGAGGAAUAUCUGUGUUGAAGGAUUCCGACGAUAAGACUCGUUCACUUUCACCUCAUUGUCUAAUGGGGUUCACUGGGGAAGCUGGUGAUACAGUUCACUUUUCAGAAUACAUUCAAGCUAACGUACAACUAUAUACUACCCGUGAAGGUGUCGAACUAUCCCCUCAGGCUACAGCUAGUUUUGUCAGACAAGAAUUGGCCAAAAGUAUUCGUUCACGUAAACCAUACCAAGCUAAUGUAUUAAUUGCUGGAUAUGAUACAUCUAGUAAUAUACCUGAACUAUACCAAAUCGAUUAUCUAGGUACUAAAGUGGCUUUACCAUAUGCAGCACAUGGUUAUGCUGGGUUUUAUACAUUUUCAUUAUUAGAUCGUCAUUAUAGACCGGAUAUGACUAAAGAAGAAGGUCUAGCGUUAUUACAAGAUUGUGUAGCCGAAUUACAGAAACGUAUGCCUGUAGACUUCAAAGGUGUUCUUGUGAAGGUUGUGUCUAAGGACGGUAUUGCGGUUGUUCAAGAAUGA